UUUUUAAGCAAAAUCGGUUGAGUGGCGCGGUUUGUCUUGGAGUUGCGGUUUACUUGUUAGUCUGUGAUAAGUCGAUCAUCAAAGUCAAGGAACGAAAAUGUCGGCUGUAGAACUCAAUCCACGACCUGUGCGAGUUUCGCCAUUAAUCAAAUUUGGCCGAUGGAGCUUGCUGAUUACUGGUGUCAUGUAUGGUGCAUUCUAUCAAAGCAGAUUCAGUAAGAAGGAAGCAGCACUAAGAGAAAUCGAAGAACGAGAGAGACCAAUAAGAGAAGCCAAGAUUGCUGCAGAAAAGAAGCGAGCUGCAGAAGCUGAGGUGAAAGAGUUGGAAAAGUUGGCUCGUUGAAGUUCUUCAACACUCCAUAGUGUAUGUUAAAUCUAUUACAAAUAAUUUUGUUGUAAAAUAUGUAUCAGUAAUUUAAAUUUUCCAAUAAGUAUAUUGCAUCUAUGUAAACACUGUCAUACAACAGAAUAAAAAACAGUUUUAAAUUAUGAAAUAUUUAUUUUU